AUGGACACCCUUCCGCUUGAGCUCCACGCGCAAAUUUUCGCUUUCGCCUGCUCGGACGACGGCUCCACCGCACACGCCCUCGCGCUGGUCUCAAAGUACGUUCGCGAGGUCGCCGCGCCAUACCGGUACCAAUCUCUCGCGAUCUCGGGCAUGGAGCAGAUGAGCGCGCUCGUCUCACGCCUCGAUGCGACCCCACCCCACCUCCGGCGCGUCCGCAACCUCUUCCUCUCCGAUUGGACGCGCGCACAGACCAAGGAGCGCGUCAUGCGCACCUCGGAGGACGCGCAGGACCGCUACCUGCUGGAGAAGACGCUCGCGCUGCGUAUCCUCACGCUGGCCGCGCCUACGCUCGAGACGCUCACCGUCAUGGUCGCGUGCCCGUAUACGGGCCCUCCCCUCCUUGGAGCACUCUUCUCGACGUCGAUGCCCUGGCUCACCGAGCUCGCGGUGCACGGCUUCUACCCCUUCCCGCACGCGCCGCGCGUCAUGCCGCGCCUCGAACGUCUACAUCUCUCGGGAAACCGAAACCCACACGGACUACUCGAACUCGGCUCGCUCGACUCAGCAUGUCCCUCGCUCACACAUCUACACGUCUCGGGGCUCGUCGCUGCCACCUCCUUUGCGGACGAGCUUCGAUCGGCCCUCCUCAGACAGUCGGCCCCCAUCGAAACGUCGCUC